AUGACCUCUUUUGAAGAAGCUGAAACUGAAGAAACAGUAACCUGUCUCCACAUGACCUUUUACCACCCUUGCCAAGAAGACAAGAUGAUGUUUCGGUGCCUGAAUUUCUGUAAGCGGGAGCAGGUGAGGGCAGAUGAAAUGGCCAAGUUUGGCCGUGAUUCUAACAUCUGCCAUUACAACUUAAUGGAUACUCGUGUGUCUCGGAUUCAGUUUUCCUUACAGUUUUACAGGAAACUGAACAGCUCAGAAUUUUGUUUUGAGAUAAAGAACAUGAGCAAGAAAACAAAACUGAUUGUGGACCAAACAGAACUGGGUUACUUAAACAAAAUCGACCUGCCAUGGAAGUGCAUAAUUUCUUUUGGGGACUACCGGAUCUUAACAGAGAUUCAAGAAGGGGAUUCCGUGGAUUAUUUUGAGACUUACUUACACCUGGCUGAAGUGCCAAUCUUACAGGAAAGAUGCCUGCCUUCCCUGCAGCCUGUGCCAGAGAACGGCUUUUCUUCUUCCUCGUUUCCUUCCCAAGGGAAAAGCCCCAUCGAGAUUGACGAAAACGAAUCUUGCUAG